CUGUUGCAAUAACCUGGCAACCUUGGUUGCAGCCUGUGCGCUUCACUUCUCUAGGGCAUAGCUUGCUUGGUGUGUGCGAGUGAAUGAUGGACUGAGGGCGCUCUUCCGAUUCCGAAGAGCAUAUUCAGAACUAAAGAAAUAAUAGACGGUUUCAGUUUGUUGAAUACACAAAAGGGCGUAUAGCAGUCCAUCUUUCACAUCCACUCUACACACACUAACACGGCAUUGAUGGUAAUGUAUGCAAGGAAACAACCGAGACUCAGCGAUGGGUGCGACCGAAGGGAUUCUCAACCCUACCAGACUCUCAAAUACUCAUCCAAGAGUCACCCAGGAGGUGAUCACCGCCAUGAGAAGAUACGAGACUCGGCGGAUGCCACCCCUCCCUGCAAGAUGCUCCGGAGAUCUGACAGUCCUGAUAAUAAACACCUCGACAGCACAGGGCACGGCAGAGCCAAGGCAUUCCACACGCACCGGGCCAGAGAGAGAGAUGGAGGGACCAGUUAUUCUCCACAGGAGAACUCGCACAACCACAGCACCCACCACAGCUCUCACUCAAACCCCAGCAGCAAGUCCACAGACACACCCUACGAGCCUGGAGAUGACUGGUCGGAGCACAUCAGCUCGUCUGGGAAGAAGUACUACUACAACUGCAGAACGGAGGUGUCCCAGUGGGAGAAACCCAAAGAGUGGCUGGAGAGAGAGCAGAGGCAGAAAGAGACGGCUAAGACUGCAGUCGUCAACAGCUUCCCCAAAGACAGAGACUACAGACGGGAGGCCAUGCAGGCCUCGGCCGCCUCUGGCUUCACUGGAGCCAAGUCCGGCCAGGUGGACAAGCCAGCGGCGGUGCCCCCCUCCCAGCUGUCGUCGUCGGGGCCGGGCCUGAAUCCGGCCGGGCCCCCCAGCUCGUCCUCGGCCCCCACCGUCCCCGUGUCCCCCGUGCUGCAGUCCCCCACCCCGCCCCUGCUCCAGGACCCCACCCUGCUCCGCCAGCUCCUCCCCGCCCUCCAGACGGCCCUGCAGCUCAACAACGCCAGCGUGGACAUGGCCAAGAUCAACGAGGUCCUCACAGCAGCAGUGACCCAGGCGUCGUUACAGUCCAUGCUCCACAAGAUCCUCACGGCCGGCCCGUCGGCCUUCAACAUCACCACCCUCCUCUCCCAGGCCGCCCAGCUCUCCAGCCAAGCCCAGCAGUCCAACCAGUCCCCCAUGUCGUUAACGUCGGACGCCUCGUCGCCCCGCUCCUACGUGUCGCCCCGGAUCAGCACGCCACAGAGCAACGCCGGGCCCCUCAAGCCCCUGCUCUCCACGCCGCCCGUCAUCACCCAGACCAAGGCGAGCACGCCGAUGACUAAGCAGGGCGCGGCGCCCCAGCACUCCCCACAGCAGCCCCUCCCCAGCGACAAGCCCCACGGCCACGACACCACCGCCUCCCCCCGCACCCUCCAGCGCCAGGGGAGCCAGAGGAGUCCCUCCCCGGCCCCCAACCACGUCACCCCCGGCGGUGGCAGCGCCCCCCUCUCCGCCUCCGCCCCCCCCAGCGCCUCCGCCCGGCCCUCCUGUUCCUUCACUCCCACCCUCGCGGCCCACUUCAACGAGAAUCUCAUCAAGCAUGUCCAGGGCUGGCCCGCCGACCACGCGGAGAAGCAGGCGUCCAGGCUACGCGAGGAGGCCCACACCAUGGGCAGUAUCUACAUGUCCGAAAACUGCACCGAGCUCAAAAACCUCCGCUCCUUAGUCAGAGUCUGUGAAAUCCAAGCGACGUUGCGCGAGCAGAGGAUACUAUUUUUGAGACAGCAAAUUAAAGAACUUGAAAAGUUGAAGAAUCAGAAUUCCUUCAUGGUUUGAGAACUCGGGGUUUGACGUUGAAGAGGAGGAGGAAGGGGAAGGAAGACCCAUUGCACAUGGUUGGAAGAACCGGUUGGAGAACUGUCAUUGAGUUGUUCAGUUCCCCCCCCCCCCCCCCUACCCCCCAGUCUUAACACUUAGGAGCUGCGCUCGGGUCAGCUUUGGACCGUUGGGCUGGGCCGGGCGGGGCCUAGAGGGGGGGAGGGAGAGCGGUUGAGGGGUUAGGGGAGGAGGGUUCAUUUACAAGACACGGUAUUGUAAAAAAAACCUUCCCCCUAGUGGGGAAAAAAAAUGUAGAUUUCUUGUAGAUGUUAUCUAUGUUGUAAAUAUGUUUUGUAGAUUGAAGCCAUGGAAAGCCAUGCCUAUCAAAAGCUUUUGACAUCCAGACUAAUCAGCACCCCAAGUCGGCUGCCCUCGAGUAGCCUCCUUCAUGUUAACUACAAGUUUUUUUUCUUUUCGGUUUUGGUAUCUCGUUUUCAAUAGAUCGAAGAACCACUGCCAUGAGCAUGUGUAUGACCUGCAUGGACAUGGUGGGAGGUGUUAUCUGGAAGAAGGAAGGGGGGGGGGGGGGGGGGGAAUAAAAUACAAAAAACACAACAACAAAAAAAGUCAUAAAUCAAAAACAUACACCCCGGUAUCAUUUUUCUUCUUCUUCUCUGCUCCUCUGUAUUGGUGUCUGGAUCAUCUGGUUAGGUUCUGUUGGCUCUGGUUUCCACCCCUGACCGAUCAGCAGUGGUCACCACCGCAGACCCAUUCCGACAGGUUGGUCAUGUCCGGCCGCAAUGGUUCAUAGAUCUAUUCACAGCUCCCAGUGACCCUGCAUUUCCUGACCGUAACAACAAACUUAAAAAAAAAAACCUGUGCCUGGUGGUGUGAUGGAGUGAGUGACUGAUUUUGGAAAAAGAAGAGAGGAACUCGAUGGUGUGCUUUGAGAUCAAGGACCAUUCCCACUGCUAGCCCCUCUGGCCCCGCCCCCCACCCAGUGGCAAGCCCGCCCCUUAAGGGGAGGAUGACAACAGUUGCGUUGUCACUUUAAAACCCUUCUCUUUCUCUCUGAAAACGUUCCAUUUUUUCCCCUUUUUUUUCUGAGAACUGUACUUUUUAACUCCUAGUGGCACCUUUGUGUCUACCCAGAGUUCAUUCCUGUGUACAGUUGCUAAAUAUUGGAGUUUAAAGAAGUUGGAAGAAAAAGAAAAAAAAAUGUUUUAUUAAAAGUUGCAGUGAUCACUAGUAUAUCAGAAUAUGUUGUAUUCAUAAAUUAUUGCUACACGUUUUCCUUU